CGAAGAUACGUUUAACGUCUACCACCGUAGUAAAUUUUGAGAAAAAUGAAGGCUUUCGUUUGCAGUUUUGCCAUUCUCCUCGUAGCAAUUUGCUUGUCAUGUGAAGCUAAACAUGAAGCAUUUAAAGAGUGCAAGGCCGAAGCUGGAAUAACAGAUGAAAUAAAAAAAGGACAGAAACCAAAUUUAGAAGAUCCCAAAGUUAAAUGCUUCAUCACUUGUAUGGGCAAAAAGUUCGGAAUGAUUGUCGACGGCAAAGUUGAUGCUGAAAAAUUGAUUGAAAAACUCUCUAAAAAGCAGGAGUUAGAUAAUGCUAAGAAAGAAAUUGUGAAGGGUUGUGCUGAAGAAGCCAACAAAGUAUCUGACUGUGAAGUUGGUCCAGCUCUUGUCAAAUGUCUUAAGGAAAAAGGAAUUAAUUUAAAAGGAAAAAAUGCGGAAGGAGAAAAUAAAGAAUAGCUCCUUCAUUCAAAAUAUUUAGACACCACUGCUAAUUGAUUGGCAUAUCGCUUUAUCAAACUCUACUCUCCUGCUUUUAUUUAAAAAUUUAUGUUACAUUUCUGUUAUACUUUCGUAAUUAGGUCAAUACAAGGUUUUACGUUGAUCUAAAAUAAAGUUUUCUUAAAAACACUA